AGGACUAUCUUCUUUAACUGUGCGAUAUGCGUUUGAAGAAUGGGUCGUUUCUUUUGUUUGUGUGUCUUGUUUUCAAAAUUUCUGGCAUUAUAGCAGAUGCCAAUGAUUGUAAUGAAUACGAAAGAUCAUGUUUGGCCGAUGGCAAGUGUAUACCAGAAACAUGGUGGUGUGAUGGUCAUCCAUAUGGCCCAGAUUGUUCCGACGGUGCUGACGAAACAAAUUGUUCAGCUUCUAACUGUGCUGCAACAAAUACGUUUCAUUGUGGUAAAAGUAUGACGUGUACACCUAUUGACACCAGAUGUAAUGGCGAGAGUAAUUGCCAAGAUAAUGAAGACGAGGCCAAUUGCAAAGAUUAUAAAUGUUUGGAUGGAACCGUUAAAUGUAAAGACGACACAUGCGCACUAGGAGAUAAAUGUGAUGGAACAGAAGACUGUUCAGGUGGAGAGGAUGAAGAAAAUUGUGAAGAAUAUAAGUGUCCAUUGGAAAAAAUGAAAUGCGAAGACCAUUCUUGUGUUUGGGGUGAACAAUGUAAUGGAUUGGCAGAGUGUGAUGACGGAUCAGAUGAAAACAAUUGUCAAGAAUAUGAAUGUCCAACGCAAAAAAUGAAAUGCAAUGAUCAUACAUGUGUCUGGGGUGAACGCUGCAACAGUUGGGUCGAUUGUAAAGACGGAUCAGAUGAGGAAAAUUGUGAAGCAUCUGAUUGUGCUGCAACUAAUACGUUUCAUUGUGGUAAAAGUAUGACGUGUACACCAAUUUACAACAGAUGUAAUGGCGAGAGUAAUUGCCCAGAUAAUGAAGACGAGGCCAAUUGCAAAGAAUAUGAAUGUUUGUACGGAAGUAUUAAAUGUAAAGAUGACACAUGCGCACAGGGAGAUAGAUGUGAUGGAAUAGAAAACUGUUCGGAUGGUGAGGAUGAGGCACAUUGUGAAGAAUAUAAGUGUCCAUCGGAAAAAAUUAAAUGCGAGGACCAUUUUUGUGUUUGGGGCGAACAAUGCAAUGGAUGGGAAGAGUGCAAUGAUGGAUCAGACGAAAAAAAUUGUCAAGAAUAUGAAUGUCCAACGCAAAAGAUUAAAUGCAAUGAUCAUACAUGUGUCUGGGGUGAACGCUGCAACAGUUGGAUUGAUUGUCAAGACGGAUCUGAUGAGGAAAAUUGUGAAGGUUAUGAGUGCCUAACUGGUAGCGUUAAAUGUGCCGACCAUACCUGUGCGAAGGGAGGAGUAUGUGAUGGAUGGGAUGAUUGUAAAGAUAAGUCAGACGAAAAAGACUGCACAGACAUUGAGUGUGCAGAGGGUCAGAUGACAUGUGCAGAUAGUGGUUGUGCAUGGGGUGAUCGAUGUGAUGGGGAAAAAAAUUGUCGAGACGAUUCAGACGAAAACAACUGCAACGAAUGUAAGAGUGGUUCUUUCUUAUGUAUAAAGGAUGAGAAGUGCAUUUCAGAUUACUAUAAAUGUGAUGCGUGGCCAGAUUGUAGUGAUGCUUCCGAUGAUGUCGGCUGUGGCGAUUGUGACGAUGCCCAGUUUAGAUGUGGAAACUCUCAUUGUGUUGAUGUUGAUAAACUAUGUGAUGGAGAAAAUGAUUGCGGCGAUUUUUCCGAUGAGAGAUGCAAUACUUCAUCAGUUAUACCUAUGCCAGUAGAUCAGCCAAUAUUAUUGUGGCAAGAUACAGAUCAGCAUGUGGGACAUCCUGUUAUAUUGCCAAUAGAACCAUCUGUAGAUCAUACAGAUCAGCAUGUGGGACAUCCUGUUAUAUUGCCAAUAGCACCAUCUGUAGAUCAUAUACACUUGCCUAGUAUGCCAUGGGAAGAUGACUCUGGGUCACCAAUACCUUUGGCAAUUAGCAAUAAAAGAGUGUCAAACAUUGGAUAUAGCAAACAGCUUAUGAGACAACGGCUUUAUAGCAGUAGCACAAAACGACAUGAUAACAAACAGCUUGUGCAAAAAUAUAGUCAUAGUCGAACAGGACAUGCUUACACACAGCGUGUGAGAGAACAAGUUCAUAUUCGAACAGGACAUGAUUACAGGCAGCAUGUAGGAGAACCAGUUCAAAGUCGAACACGACAUGCUUACACACAGCGUGUAGGAGAACCAGUUCAAAGUCGAACAGGAUAUGAUUACACACAGCGUGUAAGAGAACCAGUUCAAAGUCGAACAGGACAUGAUUACAGAGUGCAUGUGGGAGAAACACUUCAUAGUCGAAGAGGACAUGAUUACACACAGCGUGUAGGAAAUCCAGUUCAAAGUCGAACAGGACAUGAUUACAGAGAGCAUGUGGUAGAAACACUUCAUAGUCGAACAGGACAUGAUCAUAGAGAGCGUGUGGGAAAACAUGUUCAUAGUAAAACAGGAUUUAAUUACAGACAAAAAUCAUCUCCUCUACAUGAAGAUCGUCGUCAAACAAAGGUCCAAGAUAAUACAUUAUCAAAAAGAAUGUCAAGAUUGAAUGCUUAUCGAAGACUUCAAAUGGCAAAAUCAAUUGCCCGGUCUCUAGUUGAAAAAAGGAAUAGAUUUGCUGCACAGAUGCAGAGGCAAGAAUUAAUUCGUCACGCACUAGCCGGACAAAAGAUUAAGCACACUUUAGCCGGACAAAAGAUUAGGCACACUUCACAGGUGGAAGAGGUUGUUCGUCAACUCAAAGAAUUGACAGCUUUAAGAAACAGUAAUGAACACGAAAAAGUUCAAAGUCGGAAAAAAAUCAUUAAUGAUGUCAGACGUCAUAUUUCGACCAAUGGCCAGAUCAAAGAACAUUUCACUACACGCCAAUUGUACGAUGCAAUGCAAUACCUUAGACAGAACGAAUAAGUCAAACUCAUUCAAUUACAUAUUAUAAUUAUUCAAAUUUAUAUUAUUGUAGACAACGCCUAUAAAUUCAAGUUUCACUUUUUA